AAGCUUGCAGUAGUGCUAGAACUAGACGCCUUGUGUAGAUGCUCGGCAAGAAGCAACUACAAAGGGACUGGGUCGCACUACUAGGCUAGGAAAGGACGAAAAGCGAAGCGAAAGAUAGUGCCCAGAUUGUUGCAAGAUUCGAGGACCGCGCCGGACUAAAGCGCAACCCGUCGAAUUUGCUGACAGCAGGACUACGCCCAAAGACUGGGAAAAGCUACGCGAACAAAGAAAAGAAGGCAGAGGAACAAGGGCCGCGCUAGAUAUGUUUUUGUAGUAGAAGCAUGAAAACAUAUGGCCACCAGCACCGGAAGCAGACCAGACCAGCAAGGCAGCAAGCACCACCGCGGAAACCGGCGAAGAAGACGAAGAAAGAGGCCCAGCAGUAGUGCUAGGCGCUUGCCAUCGGGCAGGCGGGGAAGACGGCGCAGCAAAAGUAGAAAUCGCCAGCAGAAGUUGCGCACACUCGGGAUCGAGUGCGUAGACGCCAGGAGUAGUACGAGACCGAGAGCUCCGCAGCGGUUGCGGGCAGCCCACAACGAGAAGAGGAGAAGCGUUCUGGGAAGAAGAGCUGACUUCUGUUGUCAGGAUGUGCUCGUAGAUGUAGGUUAG